AUGCCAACAAACGGGGAACCAGAGACCGACCCACUGGAUGGAGCUGACUAUAACCCUAUCGAACACCUAAACGCUAUUUUCUCCCAUCCGUCGACCCUUGCCGCCGUGCCCAAGACCUCCCAAGUCCUCAAGGUAUACCAAGAUGAACUUGACGAAAAUAUCUCUGCCCUCGUGGAAGCGCAGGCAGCUUCUAACCUGGAAAGCGUUGAGCGUAUCCACAAUGCUAAAGAAGACAUGGCGGAGCUGUUCAAGAAGAUCGAGGAAGUCCGUGAACGAGCCCUGAAAACGGAGCAGGCGAUUACCGCAAUGACAGCCGACAUCAAGCAACUGGACAAUGCAAAAGGGAAUUUGACACUGUCUAUGACAACGCUGAAAAGGCUCCAGAUGCUUACUACAGCGUACGAACAGCUGAAAGCACUAAGCAAGUCAAGGCAAUACCGGGAUUGCGCGCAAUUACUCCAGGCCGUGAUACAAUUGAUGGCGCAUUUCAAAUCAUACCGUUCCAUUGAUCAAAUUGCUACCCUGAGCCGAAAUGUAGCAGAUAUACAACGGGAGCUGUUGGAACAGGUUUGCGAGGACUUUGAGAUCAUAUUUGCCAAGGGUGAGACAGCGCAGAAGAGAAAUAUCCUAGCCGAGGGCUGUCUAGUCAUGGAAGCGUUGGGAGAGAUGGCCAAAUCACGGCUCAUCACUUGGUAUUGUAACACGCAACUAAGAGAAUACCGUCAGGUUUUUAGAGGAAACGAGGAGGCCGGAUCCCUGGAUAAUAUCUCCAGGAGAUAUUCCUGGUUUAAAAGGAUGCUAAAGACCUACGACGAAGAACAUAUGACAAUUUUCCCAGCCUCGUGGAAAGUCAACGAAGUUUUAGCGAACAUCUUCUGUGAAGGUACAAGGGAUGACUUUAAAGGGUUAUUGUCCAGGUCAGUUCGCAGCGGACAAACUAUGGAUGUUAAUCUUAUAUUAUCUUGUCUUCAAGAAUCCCUUGAUUUCGAGCAAUACCUUGAUAGGCGUUUUACCAAUGCUUCCCGUGCAUCUACGGAUACCUUUGCCUCCAGUGAAACACCUAUUUUCUCGCAGACCAUAUCUGAGGCAUUCGAGCCUUAUCUGAGUUUGUGGGUAUCUGCUCAAGACAAGCAGCUUGACACCCUCAUCCGAAAGUAUAGGGAGCAGCCGAUUAAACCGGAGGAUGAAGAAUAUUCUCCACAACUGGUUGUGCACUCUUCAACGGAGCUUUUUACGUUCUACCGCUUAUCCCUUGCACAAUGCGCCAAACUCUCCACGGGCAACUCACUUGCAGAAUUAACGAAGGUAUUUGCAAGAUACUUGGAUCAAUAUGCUCAGCAAGUCCUACUUCAUUAUAUCAGUGAUCGCCCAGGAAAUCAGGCUUCAUCAAAACUGCCAUCAUGUGAGGACCUUACCAUGGUACUCAACACUGCAGAUUAUUGCUAUACAACUUGCAAUCAACUUGAAGACAAAAUCAGGAGCAAGAUAGAUGAGCCCUUCAAGCAACAAGUCGAUCUCCAGAGCCAGGCAGAUUCGUUCAUGGGAAUAGCUAGUGCGAUUGUCCGCCUGCUUGUGCGGAAAGUUGAUAUCGGAAUGGAACCAGCAUGGAGAGAAAUGCGGAAUACAAGUUGGAGUGCACAGGAUGGCGUUGGAGAUCAAAGUCCAUACGUUGAGGUUCUUUUGUCCAACUUGAAAUCGAAAUCGGAUGAGACUUUAGGGAUGCUUCACAAACAGCAGUAUCAGCGAGCCUUUGCUGAUAACCUGGUAGAACAUACGUCAACAAGUUAUAUCUCAAAUAUAUACCAGUGCAAGCCCGUUUCAGAAGCUGGUGCAGAACAGAUGCUUCUUGAUAGUUAUGGCAUAAAAACAGGUCUAACAGGCCUUCUUUCGCCAGCACCCACUGCUUUUGUUAAACGUGUCCACCAAAGUUCCCAGAAAAUUGAUACCCUUCUUAAAACUCUGCAGGUCCGAGCUGUUCCGCCAGAGGCUCUCGUACAGGCAUAUCUGAUUCAUAUUGCUGACAGAAAUGACAACAACUUCCGAAAAAUACUGGACAUAAAGGGGAUAAGAAGUAAACAGGAACAGAAUCGUCUUGUCGAACUGUUUCAGGCUCACAAGACGUCCAAUCGCCAUGCUUCCAAUCUACAAGAGAGCAAUCCUUUAAUUUCUUAUUUACAGCCGCCGGCUCCUCCUGCACCUACUGCCCCCACUGUAGCACAGGGCCUUGGGCUGGGUAAUCUCGGGGGAACCCCAACUUCUUCCUCUGGAGCCAACACGCUCCCUACACGAUUCGAUCCAUCAAUGCUUGGCUCUGCUCUUAUAUCGGCUGCUCGUGACGGGGUUGAUAGACUUGGGACGCCAGGUUUGGGCAACCUCGGAAAUACGCCUGGUGGAAUUUCGGCCAGCAGUGGCCGUGCCGUAGCCGGCUCAGUGGCCCAGUCUGGAUCAGGAACACCGUUAUCAAAUCAGAACAUAAAUUCUACGGGACAGAAUGCAGAUGCAAGUGAAGGGGCCUCUUCUGCUGCCGCAAACCUGAAUGAGAAUCUCAAAAACAUCGGGAAGUUCUUCCGUCGAGAUCUCAGUGGUUUGGGUGGAAGGUUUGGAAUAGGUGGUGAUGACAGUGGGCAGAGGUGA